UGUAAACCUUACCCAACCCGUCAGAUGUGCCGCCCUAAUGUCUGGUUACUCUCAUUAGUAGUCAUGGAGCUGAAGACAAUUGUUUUUGGCUAUGUAAACUUGAGCUGAAGUUGAAUCCUCCAAUUUCUUAGUCUAUCAAGCUGCGAAGGAAACCAGGUUGGGAGAUGAAUCAUUAACGACUUUACAGAGGAGCUCCGAGUCAGAUUCCUGUGAAAUUCCCGGAAACCAGGUCGGUGACACAUCUUUUAUUGCGGCAGCCGAAGAUUUGCCCCUCCCGGCUCCCGCUGCCUGUCCAUCAGAAAAAACUGCAUCCGCAUUGAUUCCGGCUGAUUAAUGAUAUCAAUAUGCGUAAGUGCAUAACCCCCAUGAUAUAGGACCUGAAAUUAUCUGAACAGCUUGCUGCUGCUGAGAUUGAACCUCAACAUUCUGAUGUUCCUCUUCCACAAUUGCAAUCACAGGGGAAUAGCUUAUUCUACUACUCCAUUUCACACUAAGGAACCAACACCCCUGACCCAUCAACAAUGAAGAAGCUGAAGGGUUCAGACCUCUCAACAAUCUGCACAUAACUCUACUGAACGUGAAGGGGAAGUGCAGAAAACAGAAGGCAUGGCUCAAAACCUCAAAAUAAGACUGCAGCAACUUGAAAUAGACUACAUUAGAGUUAGAAGAUGGAGAGCUUGGAAGCUAGCUCCAAUUGCAAAUCAGAUCUCCACCAUCUCUGGAAUGGCAACAGAAGAAGCCUUCUCAAUUAAUUGGUUAGGUACUUCUGAUAUCUCUCUCUGUGUGACCUUAGAUAAGAUCUCUCAAGUUUACAUAGCCAAAAACAAUUGUCUACAAGGAGAGGAGAAGGCACCAGCAGACUUCUCUUGCUCUAGUGAUGAGGAUGACGAUGAUCAUCAUCACGGUGAUUACAAAGGCAAAAGGAAGAUGAUCAUAGUAUCUGAUGACGAAGAUGAUGAGGAAGCCGUAAAUUUCAGAAAAGCAAUUAAAAUCUCUAAGCUUGAUCUUUUCAGAGGAGCAAGAGGUACCUCCAAUCAACUGCAGCAAGAAGAGGCAUCUACGGCCAUGCAACAUCAAAAUGAAGACUAUUCUGUCACUAUACAACUAGAUGAUCAGGCAGCAGAAUCAGAGGAAAAAGUAGGAGGGUCACAAGCAACCAGUCCAAUUCUAGAUGAGCAUCCAGCUUGUCUCCAGCCCUGUGCAUUGAAAGAGGAGCUUCUUCAAGAAAUAAGAGCGUCUGAAAAGAGAAUGCUCACACACGCAGCUGCCCAACAAGAAGCUAGUCAAAAGGCUCUACUGGGAAAGCUUAUAAAUAUUGAUCAGCUUCUACAACAAGUAAAAUCUCAACAGGAGGCAUUUGCAACGACCCAAAAGCUACAAGAGGAGCACUUACUUCAACUUCAACAGAUUCAUAAAGAGAAGAUGCUUCCCGAAUUUAAAACCAUAGAUGCUGCGAUUAUAAAGGGGAUGAUUUGGCUUGCUGGGCAAUUCUAUGAUGCCCAUCAAGGACGUCAAAUGCCAGCAAAGCUUUCUAGGGAAUACCAACAGCACCUUGAUGCAGGCAACAUCACUAACAUGAACAACCGGUUAGCAGAGCUCAAUGAAGCAAGAAGAAGAGCUAGAGAGGCUAAGAUGUCUCAGCAGCAGCCUCCUGCAGCACAUCAGCCCACUCCACAAAUGCCUCCAGCUCAUGAGCCCCAGCCAGAACCUCAAAAUCAGCUAUCCACUCAGGCUCUAUCCCAACUUCAAGAUGCAUAUACCAAACUGGAGAGACAACUAAAAGAGGAUACUCUGCGGCUUUCCCAUGGUCUCCUAUUGAUGAAGCAAACACAGGAUGAAGACACAGAAAAGCUUCACAAGACACACCAGGGCAUGCAAAAUGUGAUAGAGCUUCUAUAUGCCAGCUCUAAAGAUGCCUUCACUCAACAAACUAAUGCAAUCACCGACCUAGCCAAAACAGUUGACAAAACCUCCAUCAAGCUCAGCUCCAAAGAGGAAGACAUCAUCAGCCUCAGAAAUGAGUUAACUGAGCUCCAGAACAGGGUUGCAAUUAUUGCAACAGAAGUCACUCCCAAUGAUGCCAAAAAGAGGGAAGCAUACAAAAAGGAGCACGGUUAAGACAACAAGGACUAUAGCAAUCAAUUUUUGGCUUUUACUUAUAUACUUUAUUAACAAGUUACCUAUUGAAUAUAUCUUUUUCUGUUAAAAGGCCAACUGAUGUGGCUGUAGUACACUCGAUGGACGGCCCCAAGUUUUGACAUUUUCGAGAGAAUAUCUAGUCAAAAGUCAUAUGAAGAAACACACUACUCAUCCUAUUUAGUGUACAAAUUAUCACUGAAGCAUGGCUAGUUCAACGCUAACUCAUUCAGGGGAGUGUCUAGAUUUAUUGACAAUGAGGGUAGAGAUGUGGCUGAAAGUAGAGCUUCACACAUUUUUUUUUCAUGAAGGCGGUGACAGCGUUUGGCCUUGGUGUUUCUAUAUAUAUUGGAUGGAUGGAGGUGGUCAGGUGGAAAUUGUAACCUUUUCAACAUUGGAGGGAAUCACGGGUUUAGUAUUAUUCUUCAAUUCAGCCUAUUCCUCAUAGUGUGAGGGCUUGAAUUUCGACCUGAAACUAGUUUUGGUGGUAUGAUCAAUUGGGGAUUUCCUGAAGAACUCUUGGAAGAAAAAGUGAACUUCUAGCUAGAGAAGUGAGAACAAUGUCUAUAGCUAGUGAUGUGAAGUGUAUAUUCAUGACGGGGUGUAUCAACUAUUCAACUAUCAGGACAUGUUGCUAUUGCAUUCUAGUAAUUGAUGGGAAAUUGUAUGCCAUAUUGUGUAACUUCAUUUUGCUCAUUAUUUUAGUGUAACGAUAGAGUAAUUUUAUGAAACAAUUACAUACUACGUAUAUAUGACUACAAUGAAGGUGGGAGCCUUUGCGACACUGGGAUAAUGAUGAUGAUAUGACUACAAUGAGGAUUGUUU